AUGGAGUGCAUAAACGAAAUUAAACCAUAUCCACGCAUCAUCAUCACCGAAUUUCUUGACGACAAGGUGGUGCUCCAUCGGCGAGUUGGAGAGCACGAAGACGAGGUCGUACUCCUCCUUCAAUGUCAGCACCAGUGCCGCUGCAGCUUCAUCUCCGGCGGCGGCAGCCUCCUUCGCGUCAAACCAUGCGCGCUCUGCCGCCCAGAGACGCUUGAGCGCGGGGAAGAAGAUACAUGCCAGCCCGUCGAAGUUGGCCCAUGCCCAUGCUCCUACGCUACGGGAGAGGGCAUCACGUUUCCGCGCCUGAUCCUUGCACCACUCCUCCACCGACGGGCGGAGGAAGCAGCUCCUGGCCUCGUCGUUGUUGCGGCGCUCGCGAGGCGGAUCGCUGCUGCGGCCGCCGAACCACCCUCGACCACCCCUUCUGCCACCCGCACACGACAUCGUUACACGAGAAGGCUGCAACCGGCCAUGGGGAAGCUGGAUCCGUCGAAGGGCCCUGGGGAGCCGGCUAGGCUAUCCGUGGUCAUUUACUCCGACACGCUCCACGAGCGCGAGCGCAACAAGAAGCUCGGCCGCCUCCGCUCCCUCAAGGGCAAGAAACGCCAGAAGUUCCGCGAGCGCUACAUCUCCAACAACACCAAGUACCAGGACGCCGCGCGGGAGCUCCUCACCCCCAAGGUCGGCUACGGGCUCGAUUCCGAGCUCCGCCGCGCCGGCGUCCAUGUCCGCACUGUCCCGGACAAGCCGCAGGCUGCCGACCAGGCGCUCAAACGCCAGGUGAAGCACGCCAUCGCCUGCGGCGUCGACUGGGUCGUGCUCGUCUCCGAUGACUCCGACUUCACCGACACGGUGCGUAACGCACGCGCUGCCGCCCUGAGGAUGGUUGUGGUUGGGGAUGGGUGUCGCGCGCUCGGAAAGGUUGCUGAUAUUUGGCUGCCUUGGGACAGCGUGCAAAACGGGGAGGUUGAUGAGGAGAUGAUGCGGAGUGGGAAGGUUCCAGAGUUUAGAUAUGAAGAGGACGAUGAGCAAGAUGAUGACGAGUUCAUAGUGGAUUGGGAUACGAAUGAAUUGGAUGAUGUUGUUGAUGAUAUUGUUACAAGCAGGACUAAAGUGUUUGGUUCUACAACAAUGUCUGCAUUUGCCGAAGAGGACAUUGUUGAUGGUAUAUUGGGGCUUCGACAUAAGGAGGAUGACAUGCUUUGGAGUAGCGACGACGAGGAUGAGGAUGGUUAUCUGUGA